AUGAAGUUCGACACUCCUGACCGCCAUGGUGGUGAUGACAGCGACUCAGGACGCUAUCUCCCAAUUGAAGCGGAACGAGAACUCCUCGCGACUGCUGAUACAUCGUUCGAAGUACCGUCAGAGAGACCGGAAGAAACCACAUCGCCUAUCCCGCCAGCACCCAUCAUCACUAUUGAUCGGUACGACUGGUUUUCAACGUCAUCCGAGUCGGACAGUCCAAUGCAUGUCGAUGAAACAAAUGAUCUCAGGAUUAAGGUCUCUCCUCUGCCAAGCCUCCAACGGCUUGGGCACGCCUUCGUUGUCCUCACCUUUAGAUGCUUCUUGCUUAUUCCGUCUUGCAUAAUCGCUUUCCACAACUUUUACUUCCGUCAACGUCCCGAUUUAAUCAAGCAGUAUAGCACUUGUCCAGGCCUCCAUGUCCGGGUGUUCUAUCCGCCCUCCCAUGAGCCCGGCUCAUCUACCGGUGUGCGAUAUCCGACGCUCCUGACCAUCCACGGUGGUGGCUUUGUUUUUGGCAAGCCGCGAGACAAUGAUUCUUGGAACCGCCGCUUCGCCAACAAGCACUCUAUCCUCGUCAUCGCCCUUGACUACAGGAAGGCUCCCAAGUAUUGUCAUCCUCGCCCGCACACCGACAUUGCCACUCUCACUGAAGCUGUUUUGAAGGAUGAUAGUCUUCUAAUCGAUCGGGACCGAGUGGCUGUUGCUGGAUGGUCCGCGGGCGGCAACCUUGCGCUGGGGCUAACUGCAACACCAUUGUUAAGAUUUAAAGUCUCUGCCGUUGUAGCUUUCUAUCCCGUGGUGGACUUCGUCCCUGGUAAGGACAUGAAAGCACGUUCGCGGCCAUACAAAGCAGCCCUUGGGGGUUUCAGGGGCCAGGAGCGAGAUUAUCUGUACAACCUGAUUGAUACCUUCGAAUGGGCAUAUCUCGGACCGGGACAGAGUCGCACGGACCCGUUGCUGAGCCCAACCCAUACCGAUUUCCAUGACCUUCCGAAGUAUGUGUUUACAGUGGGAUGUGAACUUGAUAUGUUUGCCAUGGAGGCACUGAAGUUCAUGUGCAAGCUUUCGGGAAGAGAGAUGCCGGCAGUCGGGAAUAUCGUUGGCAGACAGGAGAUCGGAAGUGAGGGGGAACUUGUCACUGAGGGAGAUGAACGGUUUGCAUAG